AUGGCCACCUCUAAGGAGAACACCCCUCCCGUGAUCUCCAUAACAACAGUCCACGCCGAAGGCGAGAUUGGCGACGUAAUAACUUCUGGCAUCCCGGACCCUACCCACCUCCCCACCAUGUACGCCAAACUAUGUCACUUUCGCGACAACGCCGACCAUUACCGACAAAUGCUCAUGCAAGAGCCUCGCGGCCGUGUCUCCCAAUGUAUGAACAUUCUCUUGUCCCCAUGCGACCCCUCAGCCGAUGCUGGGUUCCUCAUCCUGGAAAGCGACGAGUAUGCUACUAUGAGUGGCAGCAAUACCAUCUGCGUAACUACCGUGCUGCUCGAAAGUGGCAGGCUAGAGAUGAAGGAGCCAGUCACGACAGUCGUGUUAGAUACGGCGGCGGGACUGGUGCGCGUGAGAGCUGAAUGUGAAGGAGGAAAGUGCAAGACUGUUGAAUUUGACAAUGUACCUUCCUUCGUCUACGAACUUGGUUACAAAGUCUCUGUACCUGGUUUACAGAAUGCCGAAGUGGAAGUGGAUAUCGUGUGGGGUGGUAUGUACUUUGUGCUCGUGGAUGCUGGGUCGCUUGACCUGGCUAUCGAGCACAAGUAUGGUAGGGAUUUGGUGGAGUUGGGGCAGAAGAUUAUGAAGGCGGUUCAGAAGGUUCAUACGCCCGUCCAUCCGCUCAACGAGGGGAUCAAGGGGGUUAGCAUUUUGGGGUGGACAGGGCCACUUGUGGAGGAGGGAGAUGGAACGAAGAGUGCUAUCAAUACUGUUGUCGUUUCCCCAGGCCGUUUUGAUCGUAGUCCUUGUGGUACGGGGACUUCGGCGAGGAUGGCGGUGUUGCACAAGAAGGGGCUGCUGCAGGUUGGGGAGAAAUUCGUGCAUAAGAGCAUAAUUGGGACGGAGUUUCAGUGUAGCAUACUGGGUACGACGGAGGUUGGAAAGUACGAAGCGAUAUUACCUAGGGUGAAGGGAAGGGGAUGGAUUACAGGGUAUAGGCAAGUCUUGAUGGAUAACGGUGAUCCUUUUCCGGUCGGGUUUAGAGUUGGAGAUGUUUGGGGAAUGGAUGAGUGUUGA